AUAGCAAGUGUGUGGUAAGCCGUAUACUCCGCUCUCUGACUUCUCAGUUCUCAUUCACUAGAAGAUGGCGGACUGCGCUUCACUGUUGGAUGAGGAGCUCUCUUCAUUUGUCUUCAGUUACCUGACAGAAAAAUCCGGGAGCCAGUACGGGGAGGAGGAGGUGUGUUCAGACCGCCUGGAUGCAGACUUCCCGGACAUCGACCUAUCACAGCUGGACGCCAGCGACUUCGACAGCGUCAAUUGCCUCAGCGAGCUCCACUGGUGUAACGACCAAUCGGACGUCUCGCCUGCCUCCGUACAGUACAGCACAGGAGAUCAGCUCUUUGAGAUAGAAGAGGAGAAUGCGGCCCUUCUGGCUGCCCUGACAGACAGCCUGGAUGGCAUGGUGGAGGACGAGGUGGGGGGGCUGUCUGUGUUCCCUUCUCUAGGGGAGGAGCUUGAGGAAGAUGAGGAAGACCUUCCAUUGGACACUGAGCCCUUCCCAGAGUGCCUCAGUGCAGAGACAGAAGACCAGUCUCUACUGAAGAAGCUUCUGUUGACGCCCCCUAAUGUGCCCACGGGCAUCGACGCAAACAAAGAGGGGAGCAGGAAUCGCAAUAACAACAGGAGCCUUUACCUCAAACCCCUCAGGCCUCUGGUUAAGAACGAGAGCACCCAAAAGUGCAAGGCCCGUGCAGUUCGACCGGCGGGCCACCUGUGCACGGAGCUCCAUCGACACCUGACCACAGCGCAGGACGCAGAGGACACGCCCUCCGCCGACACAGAGGACGAGGAGGAGGAUGACGAAGACGACGACAGCGACUCCGAGGAGGAAGACGAGGAAGAGGAGGAAGAGGAGGAGUCUUCAGGCAGCGAGGUCGAGGCGGAGGCCCCCCCCCACGCGGCCGAGCCCGUCAAGCCACAGUUCUCCUCAGAGAAGGAGCUGCACUCCAUGGUGGAGCUCAUCAAGUACAUGCACACGUACUGUCUGCCCGCGCGCAAGCAGGGAGCCUGGGAGCGCCGGGAGCGCGAGGCCUCAAGCUUCACGCGCCGGGCGAGGCCCGAGGGCUCCACCGCCCGCAGCCCCCCGAACUGUCACAAAGCGGCUGCCCCCCAAGCCCAGGGCGGAGGCCCGCGGCCGCGCCCAGCCUUCUCUCACCAGCGGGAGGUGAAGGCCAACUCCCUGCUCCGCGAGCUGCUGGAGGCGGUCACGUCCUUUGACGUCAGCAAGCCUUACAGACUGCACAGCCCCCCCUACAUCCACAGCAGGGGACAUCACACCAAGGCGGCCCCCGCCUCCGCCGAGCCCCCGCAGAGUCCCAGCCAGGCCAGUCAUUCAUCCAGACCAGACCUCCCCCUGCCCGCCUCCUCCAGGGCUGACAGGGCCCUAGGAGGCUCCCCCGGCCCCGGGAGUCCCGAGGUGGACGACUCGUCCUUCUCUGUGCGUCGUUCCCGCCGCCUGGCCUCCUUCCCCAGCCGCUUUGCCAAGCGGGUGCGGCAGGGGCGCGUGAGGGUGGAGUCUGGGGCGGGGCAGGGCGGCAGCCAGGAGACGGCGGAGGUCAAGCAGUACAUGAGAAAUCCCGUGGGGAAGGAGACGGCUUCCGAGAGCAGCCUCCAAACCAAGGCAGACCCUGGAAACUCCUGCUGCCACAAAGAGAAACGAUCCUGCCUUUGUCUUCCGUUGACACCGAAAUCCACAGGAGAUGCACAGUAUCCCAGCAAGCCCUUUGAGCAGCCGCUCAGCAUGGACCUGUGUGGCACAGCAGGCCUCACUCCCCCCACCACCCCCCCUCACAAACCCAUGGAGGAGGAGCUGUUCAAGCCGGAGGGUAAGUCCGACACCCAGACCCAGACUCCUAACACCACCAAGGGCUCAUGGCUGAGCCGUGCGAACGCCCGCAAACUCCCGGAGCAGACGGAACUCUACGCUCAGCUCCGCCGGAUGGGCCAGGCCAGCCAGGACGCACCCAAGGAGGCGGUGAUCCACCGGACAUUUGGCGACCACGAUUACUGCCUCCUCAGCCUGGGAGAGAGCAGGAAGAGGACGUCCGCCGUGUUGAGCCCGUCUCCCUGGGGGCUUGGAAGGGGGGAGCGUAGCGGAGACCAAGCCAACCAGGUGUUGGGGGACAGGUUCAGCAAACAGCAAGACAACAGGCUGAACACCAAAGCCGUGGAGGAGCCGGGCAGCAGGACAGAGGACGGGCUCCGGAAGGGCCGUGCCAUGACAUCCGCUGCCCAGUCAGCGUCAGCCCAGGCCUUGUCCCCCCAGAACUCGGAGGAAGAGGGAGAACGGCCCUCUUCCUGCCGCUCUCCCUCGCCCAUCAACCACACCAGCUGCUGCCCUCCCCAGUCCCCGAGCUGCAAGUCUGACUUCAGCUGUGAGAAUGAUGAGGGCUGCCACGACGACAAGCAGAGGAACAUGACCAAGUCUGGAUCACAGAAAGAAGAGGACAACUGCCAAGUGUUCUACAUCCACAACCUACCUAACAGCGUUACACAGAUGAUGCUAAGGAAGCGCUUUCAAGCCUUCGGAGACCCUGAGGACUGCAAAGUCAUUAUCAAGAAUGAGGAGCGCUGUGGGGUGAUAAAGAUCCGGCAGGGGCCUGCAGGGCCAACACAGAGGCACAGGAGAGAACCACUCUUCCAAAACGGAUUGGGCAACGGCCUGCGUAGAAUCACCCGCAAACGCUACAUCGAUCUAGAUGAGGCAGGGCCAGGCCCAGUGAAGAGCAAAUAUGAUGCCCUUGACUUUGACACCCUGUUGAAAGAGGCCCAGAAGAGCCUGCAUCGCUGACCCCUCUUCCUACCUGCUCCCGCCUCGGGAACAGAUGCCCCUCCUCUUCCUCAGUUUCUGACUGAGCUUAAGCCUCAGAACCUAGACGGAAACACCAAUUCACCUCUUAAUGUUUACAUAUUUAACAUUGGAAUAAGAAAUGGACCUGGUCAUUUUCAACUGAGGAUUCCUCUGCAAGGAAGCAGGGAUCAGAAGGGAGAAUGAAAACAAAACAGCAAUGAAAACAGAAGAAGAAUUUCUCUGAACAAACAAAAGCUGCUUCCUGUCUGUGCUCAUGGCAUCAUUGUCACUGCUAUGUGAACAAACUGGUGGUCUAAAGACAUGUGUAGCACACCUUGCUAUCACUCUAUUGGUUGUCGUGAAAUGUGUGUCUGCGUUGUAUCCCCUUGGUCACUAUUGGUGGAAACUACAAGCUGUGUUCGCCAUGAGGUUGUGCUGUAUGUGGUUAUGAAAGACCUGCUUCAUUUUAGCAAAAUCUGUCAAUGUUAAACACUGUGUGUGUUAUGAAAAUACCAGAAAAACAAAACAUUUGACUUUAAAAAGUUUACAACAAAAAAAUCAUGUUUUGUAAUUUUAGUGCUUCCUUGAUUUAAUCUAUGCAUACUAAUGAGGUAAAGUCUCCUGCCCUUGACUUUCUCUCACUCUGCCAUGCCAUUGGCUAAGCUGCUGAAAGCACAUGCUCCAACAUCUAUGAUUGGCUCCCUCUGCAGCUCAGGGAGGAAUUCUUCCUGAAUGGGAAUUGUAGAGCGACAUGUACAGAAGACACAAUUAAAUUUGACAUCGGGACUAGAAUUAGGGAAGCAUAGCAUAACAUGUAGGGCCCACGGUAAAUGGGUUACCAGAGAUUUUCACCGUCAACUAUUACACGCACACAAUUAAGAACAACAUAAUUACAAACACAUUCUGUAGUAGAUAUGUAUUCACGUAAUGACUCUGAAUACGAAAUGUACCGUGACCAUGUCGUUCUGCUUCUCAAGUAUGAAGGAUUGCAGUGUGUGUCUGUGAAGCAGCAUUAGCCAAGGGAGAGAGCUUCCAAUCCUUUCACUGCAGACCCAUACACUUGGCCUGACCAUCACACCCCAUUAGAGAGGAAGAUGAUGCAGAAAUGAGUGUAGAAAUGUGAUCUGUGCUAAGGUACUGUACCAAGAGAGCAUCUCUACCUCAUAUUCAUCCCUCCUAUCUUUCCUUUGGGAACUCUCUCCCUCAUUUUUCAUAGCUCCCCGCUCAGUCUCUCACUUUGGUUUCUAAAGUCCGCUUCUCUGGUGGGUAAACGGUAGCUGGAUCAUCUUGGUUUUCCUAGCCGCGUGUACCAAUUAGGGUGAUCGUUUUUUGUGUCCAGUCUCGAUGUGUGUUUUUGUGGGUCUGUUUGCUGUCCGUGUCUCGUGGUUAGGGCUGUCGUUGCCUUGGCUGGGGGGGGGGUUCAACAGUUUGAUUCUUGAUUCUUUCAGGGACCCCAUUCCCAUGCCCCAGCCACCUCGUUACUUUGCAGUUGAGCCCUAGUGUGAAGGCAAGGGGCUCCCUACCAUCCUAGCUUUGGCAACCCUUUCCUUUUCUAACAAAUUACCAAGCCCCCAUCCCCCUCUCUUUCAAUAACUCUGUAAUACACAUGAAACUGAAUGUUUACAUCACUGGAUUCUCCUUCAACUUUAUUAGAACGCACACUAAGUACAAAGACGCCUUAUUCAGUGUUGAAAGAGUAGCCUAUCAAGAUGUUUCUUCCUGGUUAACCCUUCUAAGGUUACUGGAGUAAUUUCCUGUUAUACCGCAUACUGAUUGAAAAACAAUAUAUUCUCAAACAUUCAACCUAAUCUUGAAAAGCUGAAUGAGUUAUUUGUGCUUAGUAUGUUUACUAUGAAAGUUAGAGAAUGUGCUGGUUUACAUAAAAAAAAACUAUGAUAUAAUACAUGUGUAUAGCACUAUGCCUUGUGUGAAGAUGAAACGUGUUGUUGUCUCUGCAGUGAUUUGUAGAUGAGGGUGGAGGGUCCCAGGAAUGCUAAUCAGUCAAAACAAGGUGUAGGUAAUAACACUGAAAGAUGCAAGUAAACAGGAAGAAAGGGAAAUUACUUCAUAAGUACAACACUGUUUUAAAAAGUAUCCCUUUAGAUAUAUUAUAUAUUAGAAGGCUCUAUUUGUUUGUUUUCUAAUAAUUUUAUAUUUUUGAUGAGUUUUGUUUUUUAAAGCAAUUGAGAUGCAAUACAUAAAUCUUCGAGACAGCCUUUCUCAAAGAUGGACGUGGUUAUUUAAGUAGUUUAUUGUUGAAAAUACGACGGGGUAAUCCUUGAAACAGAUCCUGUACUGUAAAAUAUAAACUGCUGUAAAAACAAAACAUUAACAUUACAGUAACACUGUGGUGAGUAAUGACAUACAUUAAAAACGUGUAUCAAAAACAAAAUAAUAUAUAAUAAUAACAACAUAAUACUGUGCCCCUUGACUGAAAUUACAACCAUUAAGACUAAGUAUAUUAUUGUUAUUGCAACAUUUUGAUGGUACCGGUACGCAAGUUGUUUAGACCUGAUUGCUUCGGCGAAAAAUUGUACAAAUAUAUCAGAGGUACAGUAAUUUGUGAACACGUUUCUCUCAGAGUUCUGUGGAAGGGAAAGGAAACAAUUGUUUUGUGAUUUGAACCCUGUUUCAAUAUUUUCUGACUACUUCAUGACUGUGUGGGUGCUUCCAUCAAUAGAGUAAAAUAACAACUGACGAGUCUCAUUUGGAGAGCCUUAAUGACACAAUGAGAGGGAUGAUCAAAGCUAACACUAGCUUUUACUAUACUGUUUUGACUCUUUUCAAAUCUAAUGUGUUUUAUCAAUUACUGGUAAAGUAAUUAAAAAGUUUUUCAAUACAGCCAUAUUAUUAAAAAAAGUAUAAACAUAUAUAUACAUAUGAAUAUAUAUUUGUGUGUUCGUGUAGAUAUUUAGAUGAUUAUAUACUUUCUUAUAGAAAACUUUGAUGUUGACCAUUUUCCUCAGUAUUUUCAGAGCACUUCGAAUGAACUGCUGUCAACCUUGAUUUUGUAGAUUGAGAGAAGAAUCCAGAUAUCCAAAUUAUAUAUAAAUAAUUAUAUAUAAUAAUUAUUCCAAAGGGAAACCCUAGACAAAAUGCAAUACUUUCUUUCCACUCUUCCGAAAUGGCAAGAAACAAACUGGAGAGGCAAAGUAGACCAAAAACCGACAAUUUUAUGUUGGCUUCAAAUCAAAGCUUGAGAGCCUCGUCAGAUUGAUUUCAGAGAUGUCAUAAUUUAAUCCCAUGUCCCACUGAAUCUCAUGUGUUGUCUUUCAUUUUAAAACCUCACUACAAUAUUGAGUCACCCAAUAGAAGUCCUUGCAAUACUGGCCGUUCUCUGGUUUUGUUAUUCCACUGGUUGGUCUUUUCACAGUUCUUUGUGUGUCUAUUUGUAUCCCACUGGAAAAUGAACAGAAACAUCAGAAAAUCUGAUUAUUGCGAUGUGAUGACAUACAAGAGAAACCUGCGGUAUCUGUAAACUGUCACAAUCUUGAAAGAUGUGAGUGAUCUAUGGUGGAAGCAAUUUGACAUUAAAGGGCAUACAUUGUACAUUUAGUUGCGUUUUUCAUCGCUAUAGGUUUUGUCAAUUUACAACUAAUGACUAUCAGAUUUACAAAAUGAUUUCCUUUUUUUUUUAAUUAGUUUUUGGUAAAUGGUAAAUUCUGCUAGUAAGAUUUUAUAUUUUUACAUGUUUUUUUUAUACACCACUUAGGUUUUAUGUUUUUCUCUGUUUUGUGUUAUUUCAUCUUUGAAAAUGUGGAGACAAACUGCAUUUCAGUAUUUUUUAAUUGUUUAAAUCUACUAUAUUUAAUAUAACAAAUAUAUAUAUAGUUGAAAUUAUCUUGUUAUAAAUUAUAUUUUAAUUCAUGUAAAUAGUUACAAAUUAAAGACUAUCGCUUCCUUUUAAACUAAGUACAUUUCUCUUCAGAGAUUGUUUACAUCAUUAAACAGUAGUUGUUUGUCAUAUAAUGUAAAAAGUAAAUAUAUUCAUUGAUUUGCCUCAAAAAUAAAAAAUAAAAUCCUCAUGUACAUUC